AUGCAUAGAUUCCUGUUCUGUUCAAUUGUUUGCACUGUUUGGUGGCUCCUCUUGUUUCUGUUCAAUUGUUUGCCUGCAAAUUUGACUGGACUUAAGGUGCCCGAACCCCCAGGGAUGAGGCUCAAGCACGAAGGAUUGGCGGCUCUCCACCCGGUUGUGAUGGUGCCCGGCAUUGUCACCGGAGGACUUGAGCUCUGGGAGGGCAGACCGUGUUCCGACGGCCUUUUUCGCAAGCGGCUUUGGGGAGGUAGCUUUACUGAGAUUUUGAGGAGGCUUGUGUGUUGGUUGGAGCAUCUAUCUUUGGACAAUGAGACGGGGCUCGAUCCACCGGGCAUUAGGGUUCGUGUGGUUCAGGGACUAGUUGCAGCUGAUUACUGA